AUGGCUUCCGAAGGUAUUACUGAAAUUGAUUCUAACUUAAUUGAAUCUAAUUAUGACAAUGUUGUCUACAAAUUCGAUGACUUAAACUUAAAACCAAAUAUUGUUAGAGGUAUUUUCGGUUACGGUUAUGAAAGUCCAUCUGCCAUUCAACAAAGAGCCAUUUUACCAAUUACUGAAGGUAGAGAUGUCUUAGCUCAAGCACAAUCUGGUACUGGUAAAACUGCCACUUUCACCAUUUCUGCUUUACAAAGAAUUGAUGAAAAUCUUAAAGCAACUCAAGCUUUAAUUUUAGCUCCAACUAGAGAAUUAGCUUUACAAAUUAAGAAUGUUAUUACUUCUAUUGGUUUAUACAUGGAUGUUACCGUCCAUGCUUCUAUUGGUGGUACUUCUAUGGCUGAUGAUAUUGAAGCUUUCAAGUCUGGUGUUCAAAUUGUUGUUGGUACUCCAGGUAGAGUUUUCGAUAUGAUUGAAAGAAGAUUCUUCAAGACUGAAAAUGUUAAGAUGUUCAUCUUGGAUGAAGCCGAUGAAAUGUUAAGUUCUGGUUUCAAGGAACAAAUUUAUAACAUUUUCCGUUUAUUACCAGAAACUACUCAAGUUGUUUUAUUAUCUGCUACUAUGCCACAAGAUGUUUUAGAAGUUACUACCAAAUUCAUGAACAACCCAGUCAGAAUCUUAGUUAAGAAAGAUGAAUUAACCUUGGAAGGUAUUAAACAAUUCUACGUCAAUGUUGAUGAAGAACAAUUCAAAUUCGAUUGUUUAGUUGAUUUAUAUGAUUCUAUUUCCGUUACUCAAGCUGUUAUUUUCUGUAACACCAGAUCUAAAGUUGAAUUCUUAACCACCAAAUUAAAGGAAGAAAAUUUCACCGUUUCCGCCAUUCAUGCUGAUUUACCACAAUCCGACAGAGACACCAUCAUGAAGGAAUUCAGAUCUGGUUCUUCCAGAAUCUUAAUCUCUACUGAUUUAUUAGCUAGAGGUAUUGAUGUUCAACAAGUUUCUUUAGUUAUCAACUACGAUUUACCAUCCAACAAAGAAAACUAUAUCCAUAGAAUUGGUAGAGGUGGUCGUUUCGGUAGAAAGGGUGUUGCCAUCAACUUUGUUACCUCAAGAGAUGUUGGUAUGAUGAGAGAGAUUGAAAAAUUCUACUCUACUCAAAUUGACGAAAUGCCAGCUGAUAUUGGUUCUUUAUUCGCUUAA